UCACUGGUUGUGCGUUGAUUUCAAACGGCGGAGUGUUUUUCUCUGUAUGCCUUGUGCUGUAUUUUCUUGGAUUAAUCUGUGAACUACUGUGUGACUUAUUGCGUUUUUGGAUUUCAUAUUAAGUUUGAUUUCAAGAAGAAAUUUAAUAGUUUUUGAAGAUGGUAACAAUAUAGCAUAAACCAUCGGUAUAUUAGUCUAUUAGUUUGUGUUUUUUUCUCAAUUAGAUCUACUUGAAUUUCAGUAAGUACUAAAGAUCUUAGACUAGUUCAAACAGUUAUGGCUAACCUAACCCCACACAUGAUGAGAAAAGGCAACGGCUCGUCAGACGACCUAGACGAACUGUUGUGGAAUAACUCGGACACCGUCCGUAGCGCCAUCAAACGGGUCAACUUCGACAACAACGACCCUUUCACCAUCCACCAAAAGCGCGUCGAACACAGAACAAGCGUCAGGGAAAUUUUCCCCGAGCCCGAAGAUGUGACGCCAUCACCACAGAAAAACAGUUUACCUCAAACUGAAAAUGGUUCCACGCCACAAAAAGUCAAAGACAGUUUUACUCAACCUGAAAACGGGAAAACGCCACAAAGAAUAGUCCGAUCGUCUCCGACGUGGGAUAAAGAUCAACCUUUAACAAUCACAGUAGAGAAAGAGGAUAAGCUGGAUAGAUUAGACAGGUUCGACAAAGGUUUGUUUUUAGAGAAGAUGACCAUGACGUCAGACACGGACAGCAUCAAGAAAAGUCACCCCCGGGGCUUGCAUUUCUUCCAGCGGUACCGGUGCUGUUUUAGUUUCCUGAACACGGAGUUCGACGAUCUCAUGAGCAUCUCGUUCUGGAAGGCGUGUCUGGCGGAGUUCUUCGGCACCUUCCUGCUGUGUUUCUUCGCCAUCGCCAUGGGGUUGCACAAAGACGGCUCCCCGCCUCCCCCGCUACUUCAGGGGGCGCUGGGAUCUGGUCUGUUCCUGGGUGUCCUCAUCAGCUGUCUGGCAGCUGUCAGUGGGGGUCAUGUCAACCCAGCUGUCACUGUCGGGUUUGCUGUCAUUCGCGAGAUCAGUCUAGCCAGGACCGUGUGCUACAUCAUCUUCCAGUGCUGCGGUGCUGUGAGCGGCUCGAUGUUGCUGAGGGAGAUAACACACGAGAACAUGGUCGGUGGCCUGGGCGUCAUCCACCCACCUGAGGGGAUAGGGAAUCAGCAGGCAAUCGUUGUUGAAAUGAUGAUCACAGGAUUUUUAGUUUUUGUGGUUAUGGCCCAUGUGGACAAGGGUAGGAGAGAUAUUCAGGGUUCUGUCCCCUUCAUGGUUGGACUCACAAUAUUUGCCAACGUUUUAGUAGGGGCUCCAAGCUCUGGUGGAUGUAUGAAUCCUGCACGUGCAUUGGGUCCUGCUGUUGUUAUGGGAGACUUCCAGCACCAAUGGAUCUACUGGAUCGCCCCACUGAUUGGUGGAGCACUGGGUUCAUUGCUGUACACUAAAGUGUUUGCUGCCGACGCCUCGUUCAAGUCCAUGAUGGUCUCCUGCUGUAAGGCCAAGCCUGCAGAUACAGCAGAGUACAGGUCUCUGCUCAAGAACAAGGAGAGGGAAAAGAUCUCUGAAGAUAACAUCUGCACAGAGAUUCCCAUGCUGGAGAAAGCACCAGAAACCAAUGUCUAAGUUGAAAUAUCAAUAUCUUUAAAACCUAUGUCUGAUUUUCAAGACUUCAAACAUAGAAUAUCAUUGAAACCUAUGUCUGAUUUUCAAGACUUCAAACAAAGAAUAUCAUUGAAACCUGUCAGAAUUUCAAGACUUCAAGCCUAGAAUAUUAUUAAAAACCAAUGUCUGAAUUCAAGACUACAAGCCUAGAAUAGCAAUUGCGGAUAAUGUUCAGAAUAUCAUUUUUAAGGAUUUCACGUCUAGAAUAACGCAUUUUACAAUCAUACAUUUCCAUCAGGUUUUUUUAUAUUCAGCUUCCUCGGGGUUUUUCCUGAGCUUGUGUACAUAUUUUUUAACUUUGUUUUAUCAGACUCAUUGUAUUUAAAAAAAAAUUAUUUUACUUUGUUCAUGAAAUAACUGUCAUUAGUUUAAAAUAUUUCUACUGGUAUAAUGCUUGUCUCUAUUUUUUACUGGAUUGUCUCCUAUUGUCAUAUACAAAGCAUUUUGACAAAGUAUGUAUUUACUUUGUGUAUCCCAAACAUUCCUGAUUGCAAUGUGGCUACUGUUUUUUAUGCUAAUUUUUAAAACGAGUAAAUAGAUAUUGUUGGAUAUGAUCUCUCAAGGUUGUGAUUGUAGAGACUUUUAAAAGUUUUGUGUUGUUUUACAAAGGAUUCUUGCUCUUAGUUGGUGAACUUUUAUUGCUGCUAAUUCUCCAGCUUGUUAGAAUGAUGGCUAUUGCUUGUUGUAUGGGGGUGAAGAAAUGCGUUGGUUAUCUAGGGUUAAAGGUCAUUUUCAUAUGCUAGGGAUUUAUGUUUUUAUUGAAAUGUAUGGUAACAACUUGACAAUGGAAAUGGACUGUUAUUAGUACUGAAAGAUGUCAUUUAACAUAAAACUUAUGACGCAUGUCAUGACAUACAUCACACAUGACAUGUCAUGACACAUCCCAUGACAUGUAUGUGGAUUUAUUGUUCCUAUGGUAACAUACAUUUUAAACACCUUAUUCCAACCCUGUAUGUGUAACUCGGGUACAUAUUAUGACAGAUGCUGGGGUACUUACGUGCAACUAUUUCCCUUUUACCUAAAGUGCAAUUAAAAAAGACAUAGUAAUGUUUUUGUAUGGUUGUUGUUUCCCACAUUGGUUUUCAUUAUUGUUGGAAGCUCUUGUUAAUACUGUAAAGACUUCGAAGGGUAAGAAAAUAUAAGGAUGUAUUUACAUAUGAGGAUUUGUGUUCAUAUGGGGAUGUAUGUGUGUAUGAGGAUUUCUGUGCAUAUGAAUAUGUAUGUAUAAUUGAGGAUAUAUAUAAGGGUGUAUGUGUGUAUGAGGAUAUAUAUGUGAAUAAAUAUGUAUGCAUGUGUAUAUGAGGAUGUAUUUACAUAUGUACCUGGGUAAUGCAGUAGGGUUUUAGUAAGGUGUUUAGUAAGAUGUGUCAUGGGUUUGGUGUAAUGAGAUUUUUUGGUCUGGUGUUUUGUCAUUGAUAUGUAAGACAUGAUGUUGGUUUUUUGACAAUUUCUAUGUUGGUUGACUUGAUGUAAUUUUACAGGCAGAUUUUACUACUGUUUUUGAUGGUGGUUCUUGUCAUGUUUUGAAAUUAUAUUUGGAAUGGUGUUUUGUAUUGACGUAAACCUAUACUCCCCCACCCAACCUAGUCUCCAAAAUAUUGACAUUAAAGUGGACACAGACAGGUAUAACAUUGACUCUCAGUGCUGUGGUUAGAUGCAUGUUGUAUGUGAAUGUAUCACUGUAGGUCAAGGUCUAGGAAUUGCUUGAUCCUACAAUUUCUAGUUUUUUAAACUUCUAGUCUUAGCAUAAUUUUUUUGUACACCCGGACAGCAAUUGCAGACAGCUAAGACAGCAAUUGCAGACAGUUCAAUACCACACACAAUAAAAACUGUCGACAGUUUUUUUGUGUAAAUUAUUUUAGGGAAAUCAUUUUUUUCUCUGAAGAACAUGGUCUCUUGUACUCCAAAUGUCAGAAUGUAUGGUCCAUUAAACAUUGUAUUAUGUGACCGCCCUCAUUCUGGUUGGAGAGUAGCCUUGAAAGAAACCUUUGCAUUAAACUCUCGACUCAGUAAGCCAAGUAGUUAUAACAUACAACUGUGUUGAUCAAAUGUUUAGUGGGAUUACAAUGUUUUUAAAAAAUUGUAUUGACUUUAUUGUAAAGACUAUAGCCAAAUGUAUUGUGUUUAAGUAAGAUGAAAGACAUGCAUCCCAUAGCACUGCCUAACAUGUGAAGCACACAUUUAAAGAUGCCAUUCUAUAGUCUUAAUCGGGAAUUCCAGAAUGAUUAUUUUUAUAUAUUAAACUGUCACUUUAUUUUUAAAAUCCUGGAAUUCCCGAAUAACCAUUUUAAUUUGCUCAUGACAAUUCUAUAAAGCAUUUCAUUAUUUUUAGUUAAUUCAUCAGGGUAAAGACAUAUUAAUAUUAUAAAACUAUACUCGUGCUUGAUUGUACAUAUCUAGUUUUGGUGACCUGAUAAUAAGUGCAUGCUAUUGUUUCAAAUGUAUAUUAUACAACAAAGUUUUUACUGUAAAUAUACUUUUAUUUGAUACAUGGUGUCACCACAUAAAAUGUUAUUUUUACAAUUAUGAGGUUAGUGUUAUAUGGGCGUGCUUCACAUUUAUGGCCCUAUGUAAAACACAGAGCUUCGCAUUUUCUCAUGUGCCUUAUUUUUUUCUCAUCAAAGUCAUGUGUCAUUAUUUUAUGUCAAAUGUCAUUUUGUACUUCAUGUUUUCUGACAUUGCUAAUUUACUUGAAAUAAAGUCAUAAUUGUAAGUCU